CCGCCAGUUAAUGAUUGCCCUAAACCUUUCUUCAACCUCUAAGCCGUCUGUUCUCCCAAGGCCGAUGCAUUCCUAUUCACCGAUCGAUAUCACAAUUCACAACCAAAUCUUGAAUACCUGUGGUUCGGGAAGGUACCGUGCCGAAAUCUCAAAAAUGAGAGGGUUUCUUUAUCGGUUAUUCAUUCUCAUCUUAUGCUUGGCCCUCACAUUCGGAACUUCACUGGAUUCUGAAGGAUCUGAUUCGGAAGCAGAGCUCCGCAGCAUCUCAGAAGCCCCGUUAUCCCUCACAGAUAAACAUGAAACAGCAAUUGUGGUGGCUCCAGAUGGCAUGAUACAUCUAGUGAGUUCAGGAAAAAUCCUGUGGACAUUUACAUCAGGUCCAUCCAUAUAUUCUUCAUUUCAUGAUCUGCCUGAUAAUCGUGCCGGUGACCAUAAUUUGUCUACUAAGAGACAAAACUUCUACAUAGAUUUUGGAGAAAAAGAUUGGAAACUGUACAUGUACCUACAUGGGGAUAACUUAACAAAAGUGGAGCUCCGACAGAGUGUUGAUGUAAUUCUGAGGCACACUCCACAUAUCUUUGAUAGUGGAGUCAUGGUAGGAUCAAAAAAGACCACUGUAUUUCUUGUCGAUUCUAAAACUGGAAGAAGGAUUCAUACAUCCAAGUCAGAUAUGUUCGGGGAUAAUGAGGUUGAUGAAAAUCCAAUUAUGGAAAGGACUGAUUUAGACUUGGAUUUAGUUGACAAUCUACUGUACAUAAAGAGAAUCGACUAUGUUUUAAAGUACAUAUGUACAAAGACCGCGAAAGUUUUAUGGGAUCUACAGUUUGCUGCAUUUGAAGCUUCAUUGAAAUGUGAAAGCUAUGACAAGUUUCUUGGUGGAUUUUCUGAUAAAGUAAAUUAUUUUGGUCCAAGGCAUGAAGUUUGUUCAACAAUGGUACCUGUCUAUAGAACUCGAAGUCCCAAUGCAUCAACAUUACAACAGGCUCUUCUUGUAGACACAUCUCUUUCUUUACCUGCUGCAGAUCAUAAUCUUGUAAUGCCCAUUGAACAAUUGGUCAAAUUCCAUCAGAACAAUAAAGUGGCGUCUCAAUAGAAUCAAUUUUUUUUUUUUUUUUAUCUGGGUCUUAUUUCGUAACCAUAAUACUUACUUCAUAUUUGAUUUCAAUAAAAACGUUCAUUUGUAAAA